AUGGACGAAGAAUUUAGAUAAAAGUAUAGUUUUGCUGCCCUUCAGAAGUAUGUAUCGGAGAAGGAGAAGGAUAAGGAUAAGGCAAUUUUUAAGUUGUGGAAUGGGAUGAAUUUAGAUGAGUUGGGGAUGUCUGUUUAAGAUAAUAAAUUGCCUGGACAACCUACAAAGAUUAUUUCCCCUUUUAUUGAUGACAAUGCCACUCAACCAGACCCUCUUUCAAAGCCUCAUGAUUGGAUUAAGCAAAAGUUAAUGCCUCGUUAGAAUAAUGUGAAUAGGAAGAAGGAGAUGUUUAGUUAGUUUUCAGAGGAAACCAAUUUCUACAUCUUUUAUAAUGUGAUGGAUGAGGAAUAGUAGUUAUAUGCUGUAGAAAAUUUAUAUGCGAGAGGAUGGAGGUACAAUUCGAGAAAGGAAUAAUGGUUUAAGGACUUGUCAUUAAUAAACAAGAAUUUGUAUUCAGGGAAGUAUUUCAGUAUUCCGAAUUGGAAAAUAAUGGAAAGCUCAAUCAGAUUUGUGCAUACAGGAAUAAUUCUUCAAUAAUUAAAAUUAAUGAAUUUUAUUGAAUAAUUUCAGAAAAUUAAAUGUCCAAAGCAUCCUCAAGCACCCAUUUCCAAUAUCUGUCUUAAUCAAGAGUGCAAGGAAGAUUAAUACUUUUGCCAAAAUUGUAUUAAGUUCCAUCUAACUCAUUCCACUCAAAUUAUUUAUAUGAAAUAGAUUGACAAGUUACUUAAACGUCACUCCAAUGUCAAUGAGAUAAUAUAGGACAAACAAGGAUUGGAAGCUUAUAAUGUAUUUAAAAGUUUCAAGCAUGCCGUCGAGGAUAAGUUGAAUCAACUGGAAGAUGAAUUAAGAUAGCUAAUAUUGAAGUUAGUGAAUGACCAAAAGAUCAAUGACUAAGGGUACAAGUUUCUUCAGAGUGUGAACUAAUUUAAUGAAUAGGACAUUAAAGAGUUGAGAUUAUUCUUGAUCAAUCAGCAAUAAAACAUUUAAAAUAAUCAAAUAAAUCUAAAAGAAAAAGAGAGCAAACAAUAAUUGAUACAACUCACUUCCUACUUACAAGACAAAAUACCCCACCUUCAAAAGUCAGUGAUUGAUCAAUUAGAUUGUGUCAAUAGCACAUUUUACACAAAAACUGAGAGAGUGGAAAGACUAAAAAAAGUUUGGAUAUCUGAUGAUGGAUAAAGUAAGCCAAGUAUCUAUGAUAAGACUACCAUCAGAGCCAAUGUAUUCCAAGUUAGAGAGAAAUAGUUGUAUUUAAUAGGAAUCUUCUAACCUAUGCUCUAUAAAGGAAGUUAUAAUUCAACCAAUUAUGAUUCAUAAGCCAAAACUCCAAAAUUGAUAUUCAAAUUGCAUGAAGAUACCAAUCUAACUAAUUAUAUCUUCAAAUAACACAAAGUUUUAGAACAUGAUAAAUUAUAAGUGGUUGACGGACAUUUAUAUUUUAUUGAAUUCAGACAUCCAAUUAAACUGUUACCAAAUAAGACCUAUACAAUAUCCAUCUCAACCAAAGAAACCAAACUAUUUCAGACCUACCAUUAUUCAAUCCCUGUUAUUGAUCAUCCUCUAAUCAAAUGGUAAACUGAGGAUUUGACUGAUUCUGAUAUUUUCGUAAAGGGGCCAUAUGUGCAACACAUCUAUUCAUAUGCUAACAUAGAUCAAAUCCCCAGUUUGUUAGUCAAAACCUGAAGUUUAUAAUUACAAGGAAAUA